AUGCCGGUCGGGCUUCACAAUUUCCCUAUGAAGCAGCCGGGCAACUGCGACGGCAAUGCUACGAGGACCGACGAGCGCCAACUGUUUGGAGACCUUGGUGGCCAGACCGGUAUCGCUUAUGUCACGUCUGGUGGUGAGAUUGAUGCCUACCGCAACAUACAAGAGACUGGGGCUUACGCGGUUCCAUGUCUACCAACGAGAACAACAACACCGUCGCUCCCUACCGCUGGUGGUGGCUACGUCGGCAUCACUCGAGAUGGUGCUGAGCUCGACCAACUUGCGCGCUCCAUGAUCGAGGCAAGCCCACUCUUUGCGCAUAUCAUGCUCUCUCUUCACGACUGA